AACGGCCGCUCCCCCAACCCCCAUCCCCGCCGCGGCGGUGGCAGCGGUAGCGGCUUCCUCGUCCCCUCUGGCUCCUCGGUUGAGCGGCGACCCUCAAGGGGGUACAUCCCUGCGAAAGACGUGUGUCUACGAAGUCAGACGGGAAGGGGAAGGCAUUAGCAGGCACACACACUGAAUGUAAAUUUGAAGUAAGAAGAGUUAAUGUAACAAAGUGCCAAAGCUACUAGAAGAUGGCAGAAGAAGUGGUGGUGGUAGCCAAAUUUGAUUAUGUGGCCCAGCAGGAGCAAGAGCUUGACAUAAAGAAGAAUGAAAGACUUUGGCUACUGGAUGAUUCCAAGUCCUGGUGGAGAGUUCGAAAUUCUAUGAACAGAACUGGUUUUGUGCCUUCUAACUAUGUUGAAAGGAAAAACAGUGCUAGGAAAGCUUCUAUUGUAAAAAACCUAAAGGAUACUUUAGGUAUUGGAAAAGUGAAAAGGAAACCCAGUGUGCCAGAUUCUGCAUCUCCUGCUGAUGACAGUUUUGUUGACCCUGGAGAACGUCUCUAUGACCUCAACAUGCCUGCUUAUGUGAAAUUUAAUUACAUGGCAGAGAGGGAGGAUGAACUAUCUUUGACAAAAGGGACAAAGGUGGUUGUCAUGGAGAAAUGCAGCGAUGGUUGGUGGCGGGGGAGCUAUAAUGGACAGGUUGGAUGGUUUCCUUCAAACUAUGUGACUGAAGAAAGCGACAGUCCUUUGGGUGACCAUAUGGGCUCCUUAUCAGAGAAAUUAGCAGCAGUUGUCAACAAUUUAAAUAGUGGACAGGUGUUACAUGUGGUCCAAGCUCUCUACCCCUUCAGCUCCUCCAAUGAUGAAGAGCUAAAUUUUGAGAAAGGAGAAGUGAUGGAUGUUAUUGAAAAACCUGAAAAUGACCCUGAGUGGUGGAAAUGUCGGAAGAUUAAUGGGCAGGUGGGCCUGGUGCCAAAGAACUAUGUUACUGUCAUGCAUAAUAGUCAUCUAACCUCAGGAUUGGAACCAUCACCUCCACAGUGUGAUUACAUUGGUCCAGCAGUCACCGGCAGAUUUGCUGGCAACCCGUGGUAUUAUGGGAAAGUCACUAGACAUCAGGCAGAAAUGGCAUUGAAUGAAAGAGGGAAUGAAGGGGACUUCCUCAUUCGAGAUAGUGAAUCUUCACCAAAUGAUUUCUCAGUAUCUUUGAAAGCACAAGGGAAAAACAAGCAUUUUAAAGUCCAGUUGAAAGACACUGUUUACUGCAUUGGACAGCGUAAAUUCAGCACCAUGGAAGAACUUGUAGAACAUUAUAAAAAAGCACCAAUUUUUACAAGUGAACAAGGAGAAAAAUUAUAUCUCAUCAAGCAUUUAUCAUGAUAGAAAGAUGACCAGAAUAACUGCCGCAAAUUUCAAAUUAGAAAUAUAAUUGAAGACUAAGAAGAUGUUGGUCCAAUCGUGCCAGACCGGAAGUUGAUGUUUUUAACUCUAUAUGAAAUUGACUAUAAUACAUAUGUAUUUUUAUUAUAACAUAGCAAUGCACAUAUAUGCCAUUUUAUGUAAAAAAAAAAAACUUUGUAAAGCAAUUGCUUCCAUCUUUUGAUUUUCAGCUUUAUUGUUGCUUUUCCUUUUUCUUGUUUCCAGUAAUAAGUUCUAUAUUUUUACAUCAUCAGUUUAGUGAAAGACAGACAUCUUUAAAUUAUAGACAUUCUAAAUUACUUAUCCUUUAUUUUUCUAGUAGGGUUACCAUAUUAGGCAAUUGCUUUUGUUACACUGUCUCUUGAAGUAUAAAAAUAUUGUGUCCCUAUAAUCAAAUAUUCUAAAAUAAAUUUCCCUGGAAAUAUUAAUCUUUUUUUAUGUAGGACUGAAGAACAAUAAUCACUGGAAAAGAUUAGAGAUGGUUUCCAGGUGCCAUUUUUCUUCUAAGCCAUUGUAAAUACCAAAUAAGCCUGUCUGUCAUAAUUUUACGAAAUUCAUUCACUGCCUGUGUUUCAUGUAAAACAUGAAGGUUGGAAGAAAUUCUGUGGAGUUUUUAAGCUAUUGAGGGGGCAGGGGAAAUACCCUAAAGAACUGAAUUGGCCUUUUCUGAUUAUUCUCCAUCUGUUACUUGUGUGAAAACAAAGCAAUCUCUGUGAGAUACAUUUAGCUUUUAAAAUGAGAAAUGAACUCUAUAGUGUCAUUUUUUCCAAAGGAUUUUCAGGAUGUAGUCUGUGCCAACAAAAAAUAAGAAAUGGCAAAGUUUUGGGGAAAAGACUAAACUGUAAGAUACUUGACUUUUUCCUAGGCAACAUCAACAGUUAUUAGAAAUGCUUUUUUAAAAAAAAAUAUGUCCUACUCUCUGCUUUCUAGUUUUGAUAGGAGACAGUCAGGACUUGUUGACCUGAACACUAAAUUUAGUGUUUUGUUCCCAAAUAUGCCUUACUUUGAAGAAUUUGUGAACUGGUCUUGCUUUUCUGUGGGAGAAACAGGACUUAUUCAUCGAGUUAUGUGUUUUAUUUCAAAGUCUAUUUUUGUAGAUGCUCUUAAUUGUAGAUUUGGUUUUUUUUUUCUAACCAAGUAUGUUGGUUUCUAAUAUGAGACAUGACUAUAGUAAUUAGACUAAUUCUGUGUGCCUCAUGGGAAAGUUGGUAUCAUUACUUCAUAGUUGCACCUUGUUGAGUAUUUUGUUUCACUCACAAAUUGAAACCUGAAGAUUUAAGCUAGACAGUCAACUGAAAAUGCUUAUUAAAAAUUAAUUUCGGAUGUUUAUUAAAGCUACUUCACUUAGUAAAUGGUGGAAAAUCAGUAAAAAUAUGAAUAAUGACCAAUAUUCUGUGGAAUUUUAAAGUUAGAAUGAUCCUUUUGGUUUUUUAAACAAGAAUUCUUCAGUGUUCCUUAAAUAUGUGAACUGUUUAUCUUUUUGUGUCUCUACAUGUUAUUUACAGACUCUUAAUGAACCAAAAGAACUUUUAAAAAUUGAAAUCUGUAAAUUUAAUUCAGUUUUGAAAAACAUAAUUAUCUUAAACAUGAUUUUGUCUUAAAGUUAUUUAUUACUUUAGUAUUGCCACUGGGUGGCAGUCCUGGCUUCAGAAACUUUGCUAAUCUACCAUAAAAUGGUAGAACUUUCCAGAUGUUAUGAAGGCAGUGCUAUUAAGGUGAUUGGCAUUAUUCCUCUUCUGCUUUUGUAGCUUAGUUAAUAUUAAUCUUUCUAACUCAGUGACCCUUUGUUUAUAAAAGUUAAUUGUUGUUAGAGAACUUUAAUAGCAAUAAAUGUGAUGUAUGCUUA